AUGUGGGACUCUCAUCUGCAAUAUUACUGCGACGUCCAAGCCUAUCGCACUUUCGUCUCUAUUUGCGCCGGGGCCAUGGAAACGACACAGUUGAUCUGGCGCUAUGGGCUUUCUUGCGAAACAAACAAAAAAAAGUUGAAAGAUCGAUUCCAGAUUCAUCCUAACUGGCUCCUUAUCUCUGUUUUCAUUACAUUGAGCUGGCACUCCGAUAGCACCCCUUCAUUGCUCCUCCGACGCGAUUACGCCGAAAAACUCAACAUGCGCUUAUCUCCGAUAAGUUACGCCAAACCCACACACAUUACACCUCUUCUUCUUCUACUACUCUUGGGAGCAAGCCCCAAAGGAACAGAUGCCAAAAAAUGGGGUGGGGAAGAAAGGACUAUCAUCUAUUCGUGCCAGAUCAGUCUUACCCAGUACGAGUAUGCUUGUACGUCCGAUCUUUGGUGGGGCUGCACCUGUACCUACCCCCCGCAGCUUGGUGCCCUCUUACAGUGCUCUUCCCAGUAUUCUCCGUCUGCCAAUAUUUUCAACGACUCAUUGAGUGUUAUUCAGGAGUUCUGUUCCGAGUUUGCUCUCCAUCAUUGGGAGAUUGGUGAUUUGCGAGCACAGACACUAAAUGCAAGUGGAUACGUGAUCGGGGACCAGGACGGCGCUGCGACAGGUGCACCGUUCUACGUGCCAGUUCUACCGCCUAAAGCCAAAGUGUUGGGAUAUAAAAAAGCAUAUGAUGUCUUCUUUGGCAGUCUAGAUCUUAACUCUAAACUUGCAAGCGGAAUUCUAGGAUUCUGGGGCUCCAUUCUCUUGGCCGUGUCAUUGUUCAACAACGUAUUAAAACGGUUUAGAUGGUCCCACUCGUUUUUCGCUGCAAACAGGUGGAGCUCUAGGUUCAGAGCGGUAGUCACGGUCCCUACUCUUUUCCAAGGAGGGAGGCACAAGACCGAUACGAUAUGGGGUUUGAUCCCAACCCGCUUUGAAAGCAUUAUUCUUGUAUUGUAUCUUAUCGUGGAUGUCUACCUUACGGUGAUUCGGUACCAUAUUUUUGAUCCCAAUUUAUUGUUCCUGGGUAGAACAAUGCAAAUGUUGAAAUAUUUGGCGGAUAGAACUGGAACUAUUGCCUUUGACCACUUACCCCUUCUCAUUCUCUUUGCUGGGAGGAACAAUCUACUCAUCAAGUUUACCGGCUUGCCGUACAGUACCUUUCUGGCUUUUCACCGCUGGACCGCGCGUGGCAUGUUUUUGAACGCGUUCAUUCACAGCGUAUCGUACUCGAUGUAUAUGGCGUUGCAAAAAUCAUAUUUUACCGAGUACAUGGACCCUUAUUGGAUAUGUGGAGUGUGCGCGACGGCGAGUGCUGGGAUUUUGAUUGCUUCCUCUACAUACUAUUUGCGGAAGUACUACUACGAGCUUUUCCUUAUCAGCCACAUCGUUUUGGCUUUGAUUUUUUUGGUAGCUUGUCUUUUGCACCAAUAUCUUAUGCCGUAUCCAUUUGAUGUCUCGAUGGUAUGGUUGGCCCUCACAUUGUGGGGCCUGGACAGAGCGAUUCGGUUGUACAGCGUAUUACGAUUUGGUAUCAAGAUAGCUGACCUAACCCUUGUUGAUGAUGAAACUAUCGUGAUUAAAAUUACAGACAGACCUAGCCACUGGCAACCAAAGCCCGGCAAUUUUGUUUACAUAACGUUUCUUACUCCUCGAAUGGCAUGGGAAAGUCACCCCUUCACCAUAUGUGACAGCGUUUUUCAAGAUCGAGAAGUUAGCAUCUACAUGAAGGUCAAAAAGGGAAUUACAUCGCGAUUACGCGAGAAAAUAAUUAGGGAUUCUGAGAAAGCAGCCACCACGCCUUUGUUGAGAGACGGCAUAUCCAAAACAAUCUCUCUAAGAGUAUGCGUGGAUGGUCCUUAUGUGGUAUCCCGGGCCUUUACCAACAUGCGCUAUCAAUCUCAAGAAAUCAUGCUAUGGGGGAAAAGAAUGUCAGGUUGCUCUGGAUUAUUCGAGAUUUCCAAGCGUUGA